AUGCCGUUAAAUUGGUCAGUACCCAAAAAGGCCAUCAUGAUGAUCCAAAUUACUUUAUUGACUAUGUUUACAUACAUGGGCUCUUCGAUAUAUACACCUGGUCAAGAUGCAAUUCAAGAAGAAUUUAAGAUUGGCCAUGUUGCUGCAACAUUAAACUUAUCGGUAUAUGUAAUAGGCUAUGGCAUAGGACCAAUUUUCUUUUCACCUUUAUCAGAAUUUGCAACACUAGGCCGUCAAAAUAUUUAUAUUAUAACACUCUUUUGUUUCUGUAUGCUUCAGAUAGGUACAGCAACAGUUGAUAACUUGGGUGGAAUGGUUGUUAUCCGUUUCUUAAGUGGAAUAUUUUGUUCACCAUCCCUAGCGACAGGUGGCGCAACUAUUUCAGAUAUGAUUUCUGUAGAAAACGUUUCAACCCUUCUAGUUAUAUGGGCUGCUGGAUCUUUUGCAUCUCCAGUAUUGGCGCCAUUAUUGGGGGCGGCUAUGCUCGAGGCUAAGGGAUGGAGAUGGAUUUUUUGGCUAUUGCUAUGGAUGUGUACUGCAAUCUUUAUCUUGAUGAUAUUUUUCUUUCCAGAAACUCAUCAUGAUAAUAUUUUGGUACGUCGCGCCAGAAGGUUAAGAAAGGAAACUGGUGACAAUAGAUAUUAUGCAUUGGCAGAAAAAAAUGAAUCAGUCAUGGAUUUCAAAUCUUUUAUAUCGUAUGCUAUUAAAAAACCAUUUAAGCUAAUUAUAAGGGAACCGAUUAUUUUGGCUUUCGAUAUAUAUACAGCGCUGUGUUAUGGAAUAUUUUAUUUAUUUUUUGAGGCUUUUCCAAUUGUGUUUGUAGGUAUCUACAAUUUUACACCAGUAGAAUUAGGUUUGUCUUUUAUGGGGUUUCAAGUAGGUGAUGUCCUAUCGUAUGCAAUAUAUUUGCUGUUUGAAAAGAAAUAUAUUAAACCGAAAUUUAAAAACAACACCUUUGUUCCAGAAGAUCUGAUGGUUUUAGCAAUGUUUGUCAGUUGGACUUUGCCAUUAUCUAUGUUUUUCUUUGGAUGGACCGCUGGGAUUCAUUGGAUAUUACCAAUGGUAGCUGAAAUAUUAUUUGACAUCAAUACAUUUAACAUUUAUCAAAUCACAUUUUCAUAUUUGGCCUUGAGUUAUCCUAGGCAUGUAGCGUCUGUUUUUGCUGGGAAUGGUUUAUUUCGUGCAUUAUUUGCUGCUGGAUUCCCAUUAUUUGGGCAAACUAUGUAUAAUAAUUUAGGGAGUGAGAAAUAUCCAAUUGGUUGGGGAUCCUCAAUAUUGGGAUUUUUAUCUAUCGGUGUUUCUUUGAUUCCAUUUUUAAUAUACAAAUAUGGGGCCCAUUUGCGUGGUAAAUCCAAUUUCAGUAACUAA